AUGUCCAACGAAAAAGACUUGGAGAACGGUGACGCGAAGCGCGAGCGCAUCAGCUUUGCCGAUGGAUGGGACCCAGAUAAAGAUGAGGGCGAAUAUGCCAACCUCAUCCGGUACAUCUCUACGUAUCGUGAUCGCCGCUUUUCCAAAGCCCCAUCCCAGGCCUCGGAGCAAGACGCUGCCGACGCCAGUGGAAAGAAGAAGCCGGGCUUCUUCUCCCGAUUGCUAGGCAAGGGUAGCGGUCCUGGCGACCUCUAUGAGGUUCCUGAGGAAUGGCUCGACACCGACAUCAAGCAAGGUCUAUCUUCUCACACAGUCGAAGAACGUCGGAAGAAGACCGGCUUCAACGAGUUGACCACGGAAAAAGAGAACAUGUUCGUCAAGUUCAUCGGUUACUUCCGAGGACCUAUUCUAUAUGUCAUGGAACUGGCCGUCCUUCUUGCCGCUGGUCUCCGGGAUUGGAUCGAUUUUGGCGUCAUCAUCGGUAUUCUAAUGCUCAAUGCCGUCGUCGGUUGGUACCAAGAAAAGCAGGCUGCCGAUGUCGUAGCCAGCUUGAAGGGUGACAUCGCCAUGAAGGCGAUUGUCAUUCGUGACGGCACAGAGCAAGAAAUCAAGGCUCGCGAACUUGUUCCUGGCGAUAUUCUCAUCCUCGAGGAAGGUAUGGUCGUUGCUGCAGAAGCCCGACUCAUCUGCGACUUCGAUAACACUGCUGGUCUUGCCGAAUAUAAGGAGAUGAUCAGCGACCCCGAAGCGUAUCACUCUAAGAACCACACCGACUCGGACGACGACGAGGAGCACCACACAGGUGUCUCAAUCGUUGCCACCGAUCAGUCUGCCAUCACAGGUGAAUCGCUUGCCGUCGACAAGUACAUGGGUGAUAUUUGCUACUACACCACUGGCUGCAAGCGAGGCAAGGCCUACUCCGUUGUUACCGAGUCUGCUCGCGGCUCAUUUGUCGGCAAAACUGCUUCUCUGGUCCAAGGUGCGACUGACUCUGGUCACUUCAAGGCUAUCAUGGACUCUAUCGGAACAUCGCUCCUGAUUUUGGUCAUGUUCUUCAUCUUGAUCUCCUGGAUUGGUGGCUUCUUCCACGGCCUUGGCAUCGCUACGCCUGAGGACAGCUCCAACAACUUGCUCCACUACGCGCUUAUUCUGCUUAUUGUGGGCGUCCCUGUCGGUCUGCCCGUCGUCACCACGACAACUUUGGCUGUCGGCGCUGCGUAUCUGGCUCAACAGAAGGCUAUUGUGCAGAAGCUCACGGCUAUCGAGUCCCUGGCUGGUGUCGAUGUUCUCUGCUCCGACAAGACCGGUACCUUGACUGCCAACCAGCUUACUAUCCGUGAGCCAUACGUUGCGGAGGGUGAGGAUGUCAACUGGAUGAUGGCCUCGGCUGCGCUCGCCUCUUCUCACAACCUUAAGGCCCUCGACCCGAUCGACAAGAUUACCAUCCUCACACUCAAGAGAUAUCCCAAGGCUCGCGAGAUCCUACAACAGGGAUGGAAGACUGUCAAAUACACCCCAUUCGACCCCGUCUCGAAGCGUAUCACAACCAUUUGCACCCUUAAGGGCGAGACAUGGGCUUUCUGUAAGGGUGCACCCAAGGCCGUUUUGUCCAUUGCCGAAUGCGACGAGGCCACCGCCAAGCACUACAGAGAUACUGCUGCCGACUUUGCUCGUCGUGGUUUCCGUUCCCUCGGUGUCGCUUCCAAGCGUGGCGAUGAACCAUGGAAGGUCAUCGGUAUGCUUCCCAUGUUCGACCCUCCGCGUGAGGAUACCGCGCACACUAUCCUCGAAGCUCAGAACCUCGGUCUCAGUGUCAAGAUGUUGACUGGUGACGCCAUCGCCAUUGCAAAGGAAACCUGCAAGCUUCUCGCUCUCGGCACAAAAGUCUACAACUCUCACCGCCUUAUCGCUGGUGGUGUCUCUGGCACAACUCAAUACGACCUGGUUGAGAAGGCCGACGGUUUCGCUGAAGUCUUCCCCGAGCACAAGUACCAGGUCGUCGAAAUGCUGCAACAGCGUGGCCAUUUGACUGCCAUGACUGGUGAUGGUGUCAACGAUGCUCCAUCGCUGAAGAAGUCCGAUUGCGGUAUCGCUGUCGAGGGUGCCACCGAGGCCGCUCAAGCUGCAGCUGAUAUUGUGUUCCUCGCUCCUGGUCUGUCCACCAUUGUCGACGCCAUCAAGGUCGCCCGCCAGAUUUUCCAGCGCAUGAAGGCUUACGUCCAAUACCGUAUCGCACUUUGCUUGCACUUGGAGCUGUAUUUGGUUACCUCGAUGUGUAUCAUCAACGAGACCCUCCGAACUGACCUGGUCGUCUUCUUGGCCUUGUUUGCCGAUCUUGCUACCAUUGCUGUUGCAUACGACAACGCCCACUACGAGCAACGCCCAGUCGAAUGGCAAUUGCCAAAGAUCUGGUUCAUUUCAGUCAUUCUUGGUAUUCUCCUGGCUCUCUCCACCUGGGUCAUGCGCGGCACCUUCUACAUGCCAGAUGGUGGCUUGGUCCAGAACUUCGGCAACGUCCAACUCAUGCUUUUCUUGCAAAUCUCCCUGGUGGAGAAUUGGCUCAUCUUCGUUACCCGUGGAGGCGAGACUUGGCCAUCAUGGAAGUUGGUCGGUGCUAUCUUGAUUGUCGACGCUUUGUCUACGCUCUUCUGUGUCUUCGGAUGGCUCUCUGGCUCCAGAGCUGAGCAAGUCGAUUUCGUCGAUCCCGUCGAUUCCCUCACUCGCGACCACUACAGCACCGAGACCUCGAUUGUCACUGUUGUUGUCAUCUGGGGCUACUCUAUCGGUGUCACGGUUGUCAUUGCCAUGGUUUACUUCCUGCUCGUCAGCAUGAAAUGGAUUGAUAACCUUGGACGUGCCACCCGCAGCCAUGCCGAUACCCAGAUGGAGAACAUCAUCUCCCACCUCAGCCGUGUUGCCAUUGAGCACGAGCAAGAUGUGCACGGCAAAUCGAAAUGGGUGUUGGGUGCGAAGGCAACCGCUCAGGAAGAUGAUGAGUAA